UUAGAAGUGUUAACUGAAGGAAGGCCAAGUGGAGCACAUUGUGGCCGUUUGAGGGAAUCACUUUAAAGGAUUAGGGCCGCUCAUGUCGGGUUUCCUGGGAGCAGCUUACUUUCCCAUCUGUUACCUCCAAGCUGAGGAGACAUCGCCUUGUUUGGGAAUGACUGCUGGGAGAAUUCAUCCUUUGAUUAGACUUUUCACAUGGUUAUCUUACCAUAGGUAUAAUUUUGCUCUUCUGUGGACUAUAUGCCUGCCAGCAACACUGCGUAUUUUUUGUUAUUUUGGGUCAGAUUUAUUGUCGAAUUUUAUUCACUUAUCUAGAAAAUCGAGCAACCUACUUCCCUUCCGAUCUGAAGUUAGAAUGCUGUAGUUUCAAGUAUGUGGGGGGGAAAACUGUUAGCAGCACAAGUAAUGUGCAUGAACAGCUCUUUCAAAAAUAGCCUGUUUUUAAUUCUUUUUUUUUCCCCCAAUACCAUUGAGACUACUGCAAAUUGUGGUGUGAUUCAACAGAGUUCACAGUUCGUACCGCAGUGUUGAGUGUGCGCUUACACCACCCACACCAAACUAAAGCUGCGAUGUUGCUGCAUCGUCGAGCAAUCUCAUAACGCGGGCCUCUCCGGGUCAGAGAAAGACAUUAUCCGGAGGAGGGUCAUUGGCACACGCACGACCUCGUCCACAUGUUUGAUCAAGCGCUACAACAUCCUUUUGAAUUGGACUCCCUCUUUGAAAUCUCUUUGUCCCCUUUAUCUGCCUCUUCAUCGCUCCCCUCUCAGCUGAUGGAGGUUGUUGUGGACAAAUAGGCUUAGGCCAGUUACUAUAGCAACAGAGAAUUUCAGGAGGGGGGGGGGGAAUCAAGGGAAAUAAGCACUUCAUCAUCAGGGGCCUCAAUCUCCCGCUGGAGAUCCGGGAGCCCCCGACCUAGUGCAACAAGUGAAGGCAAGCCAACGGAGGCUCCAGGGAGAAAGAGGAAGAGGAGGAAGAGGAGGAGGAGGAGGGAUACACAGAGAUGAAGAUAAUGGAGAGAGUGGAUCCAUAACGUGCCUGCUGCGCUUUUCACAACAUCGGACUGAGGCUUUCGCUCACAAUUUUUAUUUUUUAAUUGUGGUUUGAGGAGGGUCAUCUUAAAAAAAAAAAACUUUCCACAGAACUCAAGAGAGUUCGGGGAUCCGGUUGAGGAGGACCCGCGCCAUGGCCUCCUGGUUCAGCUGGAACGAGCCUCACCGGCGCAUCCCACACAGGGAGCCGGCCGACGUGGUCGCCGACACGCUGAUGGUGGAGCUGAGCUGGCAGCUGAAAGAGGCGGAGAGGCAGCAGAGAGAGAGGGAAAGCGAGUACCGGCGCCUCAAGACCGGGGUGGACUACAGCUGGUUGGCCAGCGUGCCGCGCUCGUCCUACAACAUCAGCACCGGGGAGAGGUUGGGCUUGGAGGACCUCUGCUCCAAGGUGCCGCCGUCUUGCUGUGGACUGGUCAUACUCAAGUUCCGUGACACGAUUCGAGCUAGCGAGCCAGAGGUGCACGAAGUGUCGGGCCUCUUCCGUUCGGUCCUCCUGGAGGCUGUGGAGCAACUGAAGGAGGAGCAGGAGUCCCAGCGGCUCGCCCGCCAGUGGAGCAAUAAACGCGCCAAGAGCAUGUCCCUUGUGAACUUCAGGUCCCGCAUCAAGAUCAACCCAUUUGGGAGCGCGGCAGGCCUGAUCUCGGGCGAGGGGGGCCGUUUGAGUGACCUGAAGACAGUGUCGGAAGAUGUGGAAAGAGGGAGCGAGAGGGAGGAGAGGGUGUGGAGCAUGCCGGACUUCAGAUACAAAGGAACAAGCAGCAGUAAACUUGUCUAAAGGUACAAUGAAGGACCAAGAUGUGGAGAUGGCAGACUUGGGUCAUCUGACGUGACUCAAGUCAGACUUCAGUCAUCGGUUUUUAGUGGGGAAUCGGACUUUUUUUUUUCUUUCACAAAACGCACACUCGCGCAGAAGCUGCUAUCAACCGCAGCUCACACAAGACACUCACGCAGAUUCAACGAUGUCACGUGCCAAGCUAUCAAGCCUCACCUCUUAAAGGCACAUGCAUGUAUCUAACACACACACACACGAGAGUAUUUUCUAUGCCAUGUGAUGUUUUUUUGUUUUUGUUUUUUUUAGUUUUUAUGCAUGUCACCUUCAGAUAAAUAUUUUAGGCUUGCAAUUGAUAUCCUACAUUUCCAGUUAACUUCUUUUAUUACAAUAAAACGCCUGGUAAGAAAACCACUCA